CUCUAGUUUUCACAACGGGUCGAAUAUUUCAUGCGAUCCGGAUCCGGUUCGAAACGAAAUAAAAUGGAGGGAAAUUGAAAAAGGCACGUGGAAAGAAGUAUGACACGUGGCGGAACGCAAAGUGAGUAAGCACAGUCUCCAGCUCCACCUCAAAGCGGUGAACCAGUUUAAGACAGACGUAUUUCCAUUCUCUCAUGCACACUACAUCCAAACCACACACACUCAAACAACAAGAACAAACAGACUACACAGAAAUGGCGACAAAGAUGAUCGGAGGCUCCGACGGAAGUGCUUUGACACCGGAGGCGGAGUGUGAACCGUUGACUUAUGAGAGGAGAGUUCGAACCGACUUGGAAACUCAUCUUCCUAAACCUUAUCUGGCUAGGGGACUUGUAGCUCCAGAUGUCGAGCAUCCAAACGGAACGCUAGGGCACAGGCACAACGACAUGACUGUUCUCCAACAGCAUGUUGCUUUCUUCGAUCAAAACGACGACGGAAUCGUGUACCCGUGGGAGACGUACUCCGGAAUGCGUCAAUUAGGGUUCAAUUUCGUUAUCUCCUUCAUAGCAGCCAUUGUUAUCAACUUCGGAUUGAGCUAUCCCACACAACCUAGCUGGAUUCCUUCCCCUUUCUUCCCCCGAACUUACGAUACUGAAGGAAGAUACUUACCAGUCCACUUCGAGAACAUGUUCAGCAAGUAUGCAAAAACAGUACCAGACAAGCUGACACUCGGAGAGAUUUGGAACAUGACUGAAGGAAAUCGAGUAGCGUUCGAUUUGUUCGGAUGGAUUGCAGGGAAGUUGGAAUGGGCGAUAUUGUAUGCGCUUGCUAGGGAUGAAGAAAGGCAUGCUGUCGAAGGAGGCAGUAAGGCGGUGCUUUGAUGGGAGUUUGUUCGAGUAUUGUGCUAAAAUGAACCGAGCUGCGCAGGAUAAGAUGUACUAAAGAGUAAAGAUGGUGGUGUUUAAUUAUGCAAGUUAAUGAUGUGGAUUAAUGUUAAUUAUGUAAGUGAGUCUAUAAUAGUAGACUAUAUAUAGUUUUUAUGUUUGGUUGUGUGAGGAAAUAAGAAUGUUGAAAGAGAUGAUUUAUGUUUUUUUUUGGCCUGUUUUAAUAAGGUGGAUUGUUCAUACUCCUAGGAUGUUUUGUAGUUUGCUUUAUAUAUUAUUUAAUUUGAUUGAAG